CCGGCCCCGCUCGCCUUGCCAUCCGGCCCGAAUUCCGGCCGCACAGCUCGACAGGAGUCGCUGUGUCGACCAUCGACACCCCUUCAAGCAGCAGCGGUAUGUACCGGUACAAGCGUUAGAAUAGGAAACACAUUAACAAAUUUACACUAAAAUUAUACACAGAACAACACGCACACGCCUUGAUUACCCAGUAGCUAGCCGACCCUGGGAUUGCCGGAAUCUCUUGUGUCCUGAGUCGGCCCGGCACUGUUAUGUUACCGAUUAGUUUCACUUGGCGCCCAGCCAAAAGUCCGCGAAAGGUAAUCAAGGGACCGAAGUAGCAUACAAAAAUCUAACGAUUUUUGCCAACGGGAGGUGGCAGGGAUACGUGCUUGCACGUAUGUCUCGCCCCUUACGCACUAUCUUAGGUGAUUAAACUGCGAUUAAUCGAGGCUUUUGCCUUCAAAAGAGGUCCUGAAUACAACUAGGACACAUUUGCUUUUGAUUGUCGUUUUUACCGUUUAAAAAUUCGUCGAUGUUGGCAAAUGUUGUUUUUCGCGUUUCGAUUUUAUGUUGUAUGUCCAUUAUCAUAAUUGAACUUUACUUUUUAUGCACAAUCACUAAGACAACAGAAGCGCACAAUUUAUUUUAAUCCGUUUGUUUUGUUUCGUCACUAUGUUUAUCGAUUUCGUUUUACCCUAUUGACCACAACACUCAUCCGUUUCUCAUACAAUGACAUGCAAGCGGCGAGCAAAGGCUGAAACCAAAUAUCAAUCAAUUAUUUGGCAGCCGACGACGUACGAUGCGGACGAGUCGGACUUGGAGGACUCUUUCGAGAUGCCUCGUCCACUGUGUUCGACGCAUCCUAACUACCCGCUAGAGGAGUUAGAGCUGGACCUCGAAGAGACUUUGUCGACCAUUCGGGAGCAAAGAAUUUCGGGGGUAAUGAUGCCAGCAGACGUCAUAAAAAUUAAAAGAAUAAUAUACCUUUUCAUGCGUGACAUGAACAUCGUCACUUGCGAUGUUAACUCUCGUUAUUUGCCCCCCAGCGCGACUUGCGAAUACAGGGCGCCGGAAUCAGAACCAGAGGAAGAGAUCGAGUUGAUCAUACCUAGUUCCGAUUCCGAAGACUACGAAAUGUCCUUCAGCGAGCCCGAAUCUGAUUCGGAAGACCUGCUUCAGGUAGAAAUGGGAACGAAAAGGAGCCCAGUGUCACGCUACUCUUCCGGUUACUUUUCCCCCGAAUUUGACACCAGUAAGUCGGUGCUUCAAUCUUCUAAAAUUCCCCGAGACUUACCUGGUGAAGCUUUCCAUUCUUCAAAUUCACAAACAUCGAACCCUGAAUCCCUCCGAAAGCAGACCCGGUCGUUCAAGAUCCGGAAAAAGGCCAACCUAAACCUUCGAGCGGAACCCAUGGCCAAAGAACUGUGCAGCGAAAACCUACUUCGAUUAUUGGUAUCCAAUCCUUCAACGAAAAAUCCCCGUUCCGGACGCACACCUGGAACCCCCGAAAAAGUCUUUUCUUUCAACAGAAAGAAGAAGAAACUUCUAAAUUAAAUUCUCAACAAAUCAUUUUAUUUUUCUUUUUCACUCAUUUUCAAUUUUCCGACAGUUUGCCGUUAACCCGGUGAGGUGCGGGAGCUUCGACAUGUCCCCAGUCGCCGACGGUGAACACCGCUGGAUGGAAGAUGAUCUGGAAAGAGAGAAAUAAAAACUGUUUUAGCAAUUAAAUAACACCGAAGGACUAUGGAAUUUGUUAGUCGAUUGUGUUAGUUGUUAUGAGAAUCGUUAGCUGUUAGUCCUAGAUUAGUCAGACCGACGGAUGAAAGACUCCGGGCGAUCGUGAAAACUGGCUAACAUGCAGAAAAUUAGAUCCAACUUACCUUAAUUUGUUACGGGGAUCCAUACCAACCCUGGCAGGAUCGGGGGAGAGUUGCGAGGGGUAAGCGAAAUCGCCUUCGCCUUCCUCCACCUGUGGAGCGGUUGGGAGGGGACUCAAUUGGCCAGAAUCUAAAAUCAAUACCAACCAAAUUAGAUGGUUUGGUCAUUUUAUUGUGUACACUUUACUUACCUGAUGUCGUCUUGCAGCGGCAAGAUGGUCAUCAUGGUUGUCCCGGGACUUUUUGGGUGGCAAUGGACCAAUCUUUCCGAGCAAAUUAGGACAUUUAAUAAAUAUGUAAGUAAUGUGAAGUUCCUGUGUUUAGUUUUUGUAUCGCGAAAAGCCCUUGAUUACCCAGUAGCUAGCCGACCCUGGGAUUGCCGGAAUCUUUUGUGUCCUGAGUCGGCCCGGCACUGUUAAAUUAUCGAUUAGUUUCAACGCUCCCGAUUGGCUGACCCAAUACUUACAAGUUACCCGUUUACUCUUUCAGAAUAAAGAUGAAGCCCUCGAAACGGCAAUUUAAACCAGAAUUUGCUCAAAUUAUUACACGUGUAAUCAACACAUUUCGUUGUUCUGGCAGCAAAAGUCAGAACAUGCUGUGGGCUGUAUCGCACACGCUUGGUGGCAUACAUGUUGAGUAGAAUAGCCGAAUUUACUAACUUGAUUUAUUUUGACUUAAUUUCCGAAUCAAUACUUUUCAAUCGAACAUUUGAUUUCACAUUGCCGUAGACAUCUCUAUUGCUCGCUUUCCCUGUGUGUGGUACAUCAGACUGGGACUGUUACAUCUCCCCUCGCUACAACUGCGAUGAUUUCCUCUUCUAGCAGUUGUACCCAUUUCUCUACCAGCGUCAUUGUUUUCAUCGGUGAUGUCUCCGUCAGCAUCGAGAUCUGGCGAAGAGUUAUUGUGCGUUCUAUUGUCCUCGUCAAUUGCCAUAUCAUUUUCAGUUUUAGCCAACCAUGCACAGCGUAACCGAUAAAGCUACAUACAAUAAUUUUUAAUACGAUCCUCUUCGAGUACGUACAAGUAUACUUCUUCGAUGGUUUGCAUGAUUCAUUUUUUGUUGAAUGCGAAAUGGGAAAUGAUAGUCCGUCGUUGCGAUGAAGUAUGAGUCCGUUGGUGGAUGUGCCACAUGAAUCAUUUUUCGUAGGAUUGCUAAGUUGAACUACUAUUUUGCACCUGUCCGUCCGCUGUUGAUAGGUUCCAUGGUGAAAUUGAUCUUCGCAGACAUACGAUGCCGUCUUUCUCCAGGCAUGUUUAUGUUUAUGUUUAUUUAUAUGUUUCAUCUGACAAUAUGUCUUAAUGAAAAAGGAAUAAAAAUAAUAAAAAAAAAACUCCUAACAUUGACAUUAACAGGAACAAAAUCCUACCAUAAGUAAGCACAAUAACAAUAAUCAAAUAAUUAAAAUACUAAGAAUAUCUUACAAACUAUUAUAAUCAACGCUGACGUCUAUUCUCCUCAUGCAGCAGCCGUUCAAUCCGAUGUCGGAAGCUUAGAGUUGAGCAGUUGAAAUCGAACACUACGUAGUACUCAUUAAAGCGACAUAUACCGUACAGGGUCUUGUAGUGCAUAAUUCGUUGCACGAGCUGGGAGAUACAGAAUGUUCCUAGUACGAAGGGGUCUCUCUGGAGCAUAUAAUUGUAGGUCGGCAAGAAUUCCAGGAGAAUCAAUUUCACCAACCAGAACUUUAGCUACAAAUACUGCUUGAGCGAUCGACCUCCUGUGUUCCAGCGUGUCUAUACCCAGCAGCUGACAACGGUGCUCAUAAGGCGGGAGGUUGUUGGGAUCGUUCCAAGGCAUAUGGCGCAGGGCAUAAUGUACAAAUUUCUUCUGGAUCGACUCCAAUCGAGAUAUCCAAACUCUUUGGUACGGGCACCAGAUGAUCGAUCCGAACUCUAACAGAGAGCGAACCAGAGAGCAGUACAGUGCUUUUAGGCAAAGUGGGUCACGAAAUUCGUCGGCAAUCUUGAAUAUGAAACCUAGUUGCCUGGUCGCUCGCGUAACUAUGUCACAGUAUUGGGGCCUAAAGGAUAGAGCGGAGUCCAAUAAUAUUCCAAGAUCCCGAGUAACUUCCACGUGCUGAAGUGACACAUUGUUGAUCGUAUAAUCAAACAAUAUUGGUUUUUGCCUACGAUGGAAACUGAUGGAGUUACAUUUGUGCACGCUGAGUGUGACGAAGUUUCUACUGCACCAUUCACUGAAGUCAUUAAUAAAUUCCUUCUCCAGGCAUGAUCAGAAUAUAUCAAUAAGCGAUGACCUCGCCUGAGGCUGGAAAUUUGUAGCCAAACGUAGACAUCCAUACGAUGCCGUCUUUCUCCAGGCAUAAUCGGAAUAUAUCAAUAAGCGAUGACCUCGCCUGAGGCUGGAAAUGUACGUUUGGAAAUCCUUCAAGAACUGUGGUGCUGAAUAGUUAUAAAUAUUUCCAUCGAACAUUGAGGAACGUAUGACGGGUGGAUAUGGCCUUAAAUGAUUGUUAUGACAUUGUCGAUUGUUACCCAAUCAGUAUGCGUUGGAGAUGGCUGAAAGUUCCGCGCACUGUACUUGUUUCUGUUAUGGUAUCUGGCCGUUGACAUCUUCAUUGCUCGCUUUCCCUGUGUGAGGUACAUCAGAUCCCAGAGAGAAGUUAUCACAAUUAUUUCUUGUUUGCUCGGAUAGAAUCUAUGACAAAAGGUCGAAAGACAUAAGGUCGAAGGACAAAAGGUCGAAUGGACAAAAGGUCGAAUGGACAAAAGGUCGAAUGGACAAAAAGUCGAAUGGACAAAAGGUCGAAUGGACAAAAGGUCUAAAAGGGUAAAGAGGUUAAAUAGACUAAAGACAAAUUGGAAGACACUAGGGAAGACAUGAAAAAGUGAUCAGAAUUCAACAACUUCAAAACAAUCAUUAUUGGAAAAUAGGAAAGUGUCUUCUAAAACUUGCAAUAGCUUAUAUGCAGCAAUUUUUACCGCAUUGCAAUUCAAAAUUCGAAAUGUGAUUCAUUAAGGUUAAAUAUGGAAAAUAAUACAUAUUCCAUGCAGAGAUGACAUGUCAUGCAGAAAUUGUGCCCAUUUACGCUCAUCUUUCACUGAACUUCUCAGUUUCAUUUACCUUACAAAAGAGAAAGAGAAAAAAAAAACGCACAAUAAAAUGCACAUAAUUUCUCUCACGCAAAGUUUUUAUGCGGGUGAUUAGAGUGCUGCGUGAGAGCAAUGAGAGCCCGCAGAUCAUAAUCCCAGUGCGCAAUUUCUGCGCGCACACAGAAAAAACAGAACUCAGUGCACACGCAGUGCGUUUAAAGGGGUCAGUGUUGUUUGAGCAUUUGCUGAACCGAAAGCAUGCCAGUGAGUUCAAACCCCGCUAAGGGGUAUCAAAUCCUGUGAUAUCCGAGACAAGCAGAUGUCUUAAGCUGGUCAAGGACUUACAGUUGAUGAAUAUUUUGGUUCUAAACUCCACCAACAAGCGGUGCUAGGGAGUUAACAAAUUUUGAUUUUCAUAUGUAUCAGGAAAAUUUGCAAAAAAGAUGCAACUAGCGCCACCUAGUUGCAGAAACUCGAACCAAACGGUAAUUAUUCUGAAAGCCCUUGAUCUACCAAACAAUAUUGCCGAAGACACCAUCUUUCUACAAAAUGAGGAUGCUGAGAUAUGAGUAAUUUAAAAUUUGUUCGCUCUCUAGCGCCGCCUAGCGGUAGAAUUUUUAAUCUUAAGUCUUAUAAUCGGUUAGUCCUUGACCAGCCAACCAACUCUCUAAGUAAUCAGGAUCAUGAGAUAUAUGAGAUUGAAAUUUCGCUAGUGUCACAUCUACUUGUCUGUGAUUUAUGUGAUAUCUUAGACAAGCAGAUGCAACACUGACAAAAUUUCUAGACCAUAUAUCUCAGGAACCUGAUUACUUAGAGAGUAGGUUUCUUCGGCAAAGUUGUUCAGCUGGUCAAGGGCUUUCAGAAUAUGGGCCGUGUGAUUCGUGAUUUCACCGCUAGGCGGCGCUAAAUAGCGUACAUUUUACAUUUCACAUAUCUCAGCAUUCUGAUUCUUUAGAAAGAUGGUGUCUUUGGCAAAAUUGUUUGGUAGAUCAAGGGCUUUCAGAAUAAUUAUCGUUUGGUUCGAGUUUCUGCAACUAGGUGGCGCUAGUUGCAUCUUUUUUUGCAAAUUUUCCUGAUACAUAAAGCCUGUAUCCGCAAUAAUCGGGACACAGAAGUACGCCAGUAGCUCUGUAAUGAAUCGGUAAAAUUGGCCAAAUAAUUGACUGAGAACUCUUUGGUGUAUAUUUAUUAUUUGUGCCAAAUUUCAUUAAAAUCGAUGCAUUACUUUUAACUGUGGAUGAAAAACAAAUUGACGUGGUUUAAAGCAUUUUGUACAAUCAUGACAAAUUUUCAUUCGCAUAGUAGAUGGUUCUUUUACGCUACAGUUCAAAGUUCUGUGAUGAUAAUUAUGAAUUUUCGUUAGCAGUUAUGAUACUUAUAGAGACACUUUCUUGCAAAAUUUCAUCAACUUUGACCAAUUGGUUUGAAAGCUACUGGUGUUGAUAGCCCAAGUAACAAUUCCAUUGCUGGUUGGUUUUGUUUGAUUUUUAUUAGGGUUUUAUCACAGCAAUAAUUAAAACUCACAGUUUUAUGACUGUUUUUAUGAAAACCAUUGAUGAAAUGUUUUAUUGUAUACUUGAAGAUAUGCAUAAAGACAGAUUUUAAGAGUAAACAAAGCCCUCCGAUAUGUAAACCUUCUGGCAAUCAUUAUUACCACAAUAAAACUGUUAAAACUCUCAACAGAUGGCGAUCCGUUCGAUUAAGAACGACAUCUGUUGGUGGAAAAGCCGAAACAACGACACUGCUAGGUUUAUUGCGGUCAUCAUAAAAGUAAACUUGCUUUCGUGUUAUUUUCGCUGAUUAUGGUCGUCGCCAUAUUGAAGAAUUAGCUAACGUGAAUGGAAAAUAGUUAUUUUUGCUCAAAUUAGCAAUGAAUUGAUAGUUUGCCAUAAUUUCCAUAACGUGCUCACAUAAAUAAACUAUCUCUGCUGAGUUUUCUUGUGAUUCGCGAUAGUUUUACUAAAUUAACCAAUUGAUUUAUUUCAUUCCAAGAUGAUAUUUUUUUCUAUUUUCGAAGCGCAUUAAUUUUAUGGUUCUGCAACCCCAAUAUUCACGGUAAAAUUGAAUGCGCAUAAGCCUACCAACACAAUAACUACUAAAAUAUUGCUAUAAAAUGAUCGCUUUCUAUUUACGAAUGAUGCAUCCUCCUGAACUUUACGUGCCAUCGAAGAAGCUUUUCUACAUCUUGAGUUGUCAUAGUUUUGUUGAUAAAAAAACAACAACAGUCGAGAAUGGGAAACUUCUCAACUAGGUUUUUAAACGGGUUUACUGCUUCUUCUAAUGCGGUUUGCAAAACCUCUCCGAGAGUGGUCCACUUAGCCGGAAGAUUCUCUUAAAGAGGUUAACAAGAGGUUUUGAUGUAUAAAUCAGUUUUAUUGCAAGUUUUAAAAAUUUGGUCAUGAAGAUCUCUUGUAGAGCCGAACAAAACUUAAAAUGUUACUUGGGAGGGGUGAGUGUUAGUGAAAAUUUUUCGUGUUUUUCAUGUGCGAUUUUUGCCUAUUCAUAACUUUUGAAUUUCUCUGCCAAUUUUCAUGAAAAUUUCACAGAAUCUAGUUUAUUAUGUGUAUAUUAUGCCUGCAAAAUUUGAUGAUUAUUGGUAUAGUACUUUCAAUAGUACAAUCGAAACAAUAAAGGGUGCUGACUAAUUGCUGUCUGAGGGGCUAAAAUCACGUUCAGUCCCAAAAUAUGUUUCGACUAUAAAAUUGUUGAUAGUGCAUCGAUUUUAUUGAAAUUUUACCCAUGCAACAAAUGUAGAUUGAGAGGUUUGUGUUCAAAAUUUCAGCCAUUUCCUUUGCCAAAUUCAAAAGUUACAGCGCUGACAAGCAAAACUUGGGGCUGUACAAAAUUCAAUGGCGCACAUUUUACUCUUUCGUUGCUACAACAAAAAGUACUGCAUCGAUUCACAUGAAAUUUUGUAGGUGAAAUGAACACAUCUUAAGAUGUUAUUAGACAAAAUUUCAGCAAUUUUAAUGUAUCUAUUGCAGAGUUACAGAUGAGUUUCUGUGUCCCGAAUAUUGCGGAUACAGGCUUUAUGAAAAUCAAAAUUUGUUAGCUCCCUAGCACCGCUUGUUGGUGGAGUUUAGAACCAAAAUAUUCAUCAACUGUAAGUCCUUGACCAGCUUAAGACAUCUGCUUGUCUCGGAUAUCACAGGAUUUGAUACCCCUUAGCGGGGUUUGGACUCACUGGCAUGCUUUCGGUUCAGCAAAUGCUCAAACAACACUGACCCCUUUAAACGCACUGCGUGUGCACUGAGUUCUGUUUUUUCUGCGUGCGCGCAGAAAUUGCGCACUGGGAUUAUGAUUUGCGGGCUCUCAUUGCUCUCACGCAGCACUCUAAUCACCCGCAUAAAAACUUUGCGUGAGAGAAAUUAUGUGCAUUUUAUUGUGCGUUUUUUUCUCUUUCUCUUUUGUAAGGUAAAUGAAACUGAGAAGUUCAGUGAAAGAUGAGCCUAAAUGGGCACAAUUUCUGCAUGACAUGCCAUCCCGGCAUGGAAUAUGUAUUAUUUUCCAUAUUUAACCUUAAUGAAUCACAUUUCGAAUUUUGAAUUGCAAUGCGGUAAAAAUUGCUGCAUAUAAGCUAUUGCAAGUUUUAGAAGACACUUUCCUAUUUUCCAAUAAUGAUUGUUUUGAAGUUGUUGAAUUCUGAUCACUUUUUCAUGUCUUCCCUAGUGUCUUUAGUCUAUUUAACCUCUUUACCCUUUUAGACCUUUUGUCCAUUCGACCUUUUGUCCAUUCGACUUUUUGUCCAUUCGACCUUUUGUCCAUUCGACCUUUUGUCCAUUCGACCUUUUGUCCUUCGACCUUAUGUCUUUCGGCCUUUUGUCAUAGAUUCUAUCCGAGCAAACAAGAAAUAAUUGUGAUAACUUCUCUCUGGGAUCUGAUGUACCUCACACAGGGAAAGCGAGCAAUGAAGAUGUCAACGGCCAGAUACCAUAACAGAAACAAGUACAGUGCGCGGAACUUUCAGCCAUCUCCAACGCAUACUGAUUGGGUAACAAUCGACGAUGUCAUAACAAUCAUUUAAGGCCAUAUCCACCCGUCAUACGUUCCUCAAUGUUCGAUGGAAAUAUUUAUAACUAUUCAGCACCACAGUUCUUGAAGGAUUUCCAAACGUACAUUUCCAGCCUCAGGCGAGGUCAUCGCUUAUUGAUAUAUUCCGAUUAUGCCUGGAGAAAGACGGCAUCGUGCUCAACUCUAAGCUUCCGACAUCGGAUUGAACGGCUGCUGCAUGAGGAGAAUAGACGUCAGCGUUGAUUAUGAUAGUUUGUAAGAUAUUCUUAGUAUUUUAAUUAUUUGAUUAUUGUUAUUGUGCUUACUUAUGGUAGGAUUUUGUUCCUGUUAAUGUCAAUGUUAGGAGUUUUUUUUAUUAUUUUUAUUCCUUUUUCAUUAAGACAUAUUGUCAGAUGAAACAUAUAAAUAAACAUAAACAUAAACAUAAACAUGCCUGGAGAAAGACGGCAUCGUAUGUCUGCGAAGAUCAAUUUCACCAUGGAACCUAUCAACAGCGAACGGACAGGUGCAAAAUAGUAGUUCAACUUAGCAAUCCUACGAAAAAUGAUUCAUGUGGCACAACCACCAACGGACUCAUACUUCAUCGCAACGACGGACUAUCAUUUCCCAUUUCGCAUUCAACAAAAAAUGAAUCAUGCAAACCAUCGAAGAAGUAUACUUGUACGUACUCGAAGAGGAUCGUAUUAAAAAUUAUUGUAUGUAGCUUUAUCGGUUACGCUGUGCAUGGUUGGCUAAAACUGAAAAUGAUAUGGCAAUUGACGAGGACAAUAGAACGCACAAUAACUCUUCGUCAGAUCUCGAUGCUGACGGAGACAUCACCGAUAAAAAAAAAGGACGCUGGUAGAGAAAUGGGUACAACUGCUAGAAGAGGAAAUCAUCGCAGUUGUAGCGAGGGGAGAUGUAACAGUCACAGUCUGAUGUACCACACACAGGGAAAGCGAGCAAUUGAGAUGUCUACGGCAAUGUGAAAUCAAAUGUUCGAUUGAAAAGUAUUGAUUCGGAAAUUAAGUCAAAAUAAAUCAAGUUAGUAAAUUCGGCUAUUCUACUCAACAUGUAUGCCACCAAGCGUGUGCGAUACAGCCCACAGCAUGUUCUGACUUUUGCUGCCAGAACAACGAAAUGUGUUGAUUACACGUGUAAUAAUUUGAGCAAAUUCUGGUUUAAAUUGCCGUUUCGAGGGCUUCAUCUUUAUUCUGAAAGAGUAAACGGGUAACUUGUAAGUAUUGGGUCAGCCAAUCGGGAGCAUCCAAGAGACUCCCCGACUCAACUGCCUCAGGUUUGGCACGCUUACCGUUAAUUUAUCGCGGGACAGGGAAAUUCCACACUAGACCCAGGAAAACCUCAAACACUUCACUAGUCAAAACUCCCACUUUAUUCUAUAUUUCUUAACCUUUAUUCUGACACAAGUUUGGCCUACUCCUUAUCCUGCACUUCUUCCCACUUUCUUAUGCGCUAAUCUGACCAUUUCUAUUCAUCGGGGUCCCUCCCCAAGUAACAAUUCCAUUGCUGGUUGGUUUUGUUUGAUUUUUAUUAGGGUUUUAUCACAGCAAUAAUUAAAACUCACAGUUUUAUGACUGCUUUUAUGAAAACCAUUGAUGAAAUGUUUUAUAGUAUACUUGAAGAUAUGCAUAAAGACAGAUUUUAAGAGUAAACAAAACCCUCCGAUAUGUAAACCUUCUGGAAAUCAUUAUUACCACAAUAAAACUGUUAAAACUCUCAACAGAUGGCGAUCCGUUCGAUUAAGAACGACACCUGUUGGUGGAAAAGCCGAAACAACGACACUUGCGGUUAUCAUAAAAGUAUACUUGCUUUCGUGUUAUUUUCGCUGAUUAUGGUCGUCGCCAUAUUGAAGAAUUAGCUAACGUGAAUGGAAAAUAUUUAUUUUUGCUCAAAUUAUCAAUGAAUUGAUAGUUUGCCAUAAUUUCCAUAACGUGCUCACAUAAAUAAGCUAUCUCUGCUGAGUUUUCUUGUGAUUCGCGAUAGUUUUACUAAAUUAACCAAUUGAUUUAUUUCAUUCCAAGAUGAUAAUUUUUACUAUUUUCGAAGCGCAUUAAUUUUAUGGUUCUGCAACCCCAAAAAUUCACGGUAAAAUUGAAUGCGCAUAAGCCUACCAACACAAUAACUACUAAAAUAUUGCUUUAAAAUGAUCGCUUUCUACUUACGAAUGAUGCAUCCUCCUGAACUUUACGUGCCAUCGAAGAAGCUUUUCUGCAUCUUGAGCUGUCAUAGUUUUGUUGAUAAAAAAACAACAACAAUCGAGAAUGGGAAACUUCUCAACUAGGUUUUAAAACGGGUUUAUUGCUACUUCUAAUGCGGUUUGCAAAACCUCUCCGAGAGUGGUCCACUUAGCCGGAAGAUUCUCUUAAAGAGGUUAUCAAGAGGUUUUGAUGUAUAAAUCAGUUUUAUUGCAAGUUUUAAAAAUUUGGUCAUGAAGAUCUCUUGUAGAGCCAAACAAAACUUAAAAUGUUACUUGGGUCUGCUCCUCACCAACCACCUGACCACGCUUUCCUCGCAGCCUGGUAACGAUGCCGGAAUUCCACCGGAAUGGGGCACUAGGACAGCGUAGGGGCGGUAAUAGAAAUGUGGUGGUUUCUAUACCAAAACGGCGGGGUCCUGUUGUGAAUGAAAUGGUCAAACCACGGUAAUAGAAAAAUAGUGGUCCAUGACCGUUACCUGAUGUCCACUUUCCGCUCACUUCUUCCUCCUCUCUUUCCACUCUUUCCACUAUAACUUCUGUCUUACUAAAUUUGCUCACAGCUUUAAACUUUUCUUCGAACUAAUCUCUGCGACUGUCUUUAGGCAAGUGAGCGAGUGGAAUUUCAGUAUUGGUCUUCAAGGUUCUUGACCUGAGCCAUCGGUCAUUACCCUUUCAUUCGGGUUUGUUGUAAUGGCCCCUAUUUCGCCCUCUUAAUGGCCACCUGAAUGGGCCGAUCGAAGACCUGUGGUGGUGGGUUUCUAAAGCUGGUAGGUGGUGGUAGCCAGGGUGGUUUCGCCUACUAGUGCCUUACUCGUAUGUCGGGUGGGUCAGCUAGGGAAAAACCUGAAUAUCCAACACAAAAUCUACCUGUCCUUAACACAUUUCUGCACAUACAAAGACAAAAUCCCUUCAACACAACCAAUUAACAAACCAAACACUUACAACCUCUUCCGACAAAGUGACGCUGGCCACAUAAGUAUUAAAACCGCCUAAUUUUGAAACCUAGGGGGAUUAGGGACAUAUUGGACACCCUAAGCAAAUGAGUAUAUUAGGCCUGUAUAACAGACAAAAAUUUAACAUAUUAUCAGUUCGCUUACAACUUUAACUUGUUUCCUACGUAUUUCAAUAAUUUGCAGCAGGGAGCAUUUCAUUAUUGUGAAUAAAUAGUGAAUUGGAAACCGUGUGUUUUUUGGGGUUGGCAGGAAAGGUACGGGGCGAAAUGGACACCCAUCGGGGCAUAAUGGACACCCCUACAUAUUUUAUGCUGUAUCUUUGAUAAUAUCGACCAGUUAAGUAAUCCCAAGUAACAAUUCCAUCGCAGAUUGGUUUUGUUUGAUUUUUAUUAAGGUUUUAUUACAGCAAUAAUUAAAACUCACAGUUUUAUGACUGCUUUUAUGAAAACCAUUGAUAAAAUGAUUUAUAGUAUACUUGAAGAUAUUCAUAAAGACAUAUUUUAAGAGUAAACAAAACUUUCCGAUAUGUAAACCUUCUGGCAAUCAUUAUUACCACAAUAAAACUGUUAAAACUCUCAACAGAUGGCGAUCCGUUCGAUUAGUAACGACAUCUGUUGGUGGAAAAGCAGAAACUACGACACUGCUAGGUUUAUUGCGGUCAUCAUAAAAGUAAACUUGCUUUCGUUUUAUUUUCGCUGAUUAUGGUCGUCGCCAUAUUGAAUAAUUAGCUUACGUGAAUGGAAAAUAGUUAAUUUUGCUUAAAUAAGCAAUAAAUUGAUAGUUUGUCACCAUUUUCAUAACAUGCUCACAUAAAUAAACUCUCUCUGCUGAGUUUUCUUGUGAUUCGAGAUAGUUUUACUAAAUUCAAAAAUUGAUUUAUUUCAUUCCAAGAUAAUAAUAUUCACUAUUUUCGAAGCGCAUUAAUUUUAUGAUUCUGCACCCCCAAUAUUCACGGUUAAUUCGAAUGCGCAUAAGCCUACCAGCACAAUAACUACUGAAAUAUUACUUUGAAAUGAUCGCUUUCUACUUACGAACGAUGUAUUCUCCUGAACUUUACGUGCUAUCGCAGAAGCUUCUCUGCAUCUUGAGCUGUCAUAGUUUUUGUUGAAAAAAAAAACAACAACAAACGAGAAUGGAACAUUUUUCAGCUAGGUUUCAAAACGAGUUUAUUGCUACUCUUAAUGUGGUUUGCAAAACCUCUCCGAGAGUGGUCCACUUAGCUGGAAGAUGCUCUUAAAGAGGUUAUCAAGAGGUUUUGAUGUAUAAAUCAGUUUUAUUGCAAGUUUUAUAAAAUUGGUUAUGAAGAUCUCUUAUAGAUCCGAACAAAACCUCCCAGUAAACCACACAUCGUAAUGGGAAAUACUUUCAAAAUCGUAUAUCUCGCGGUCAGAAAUCGAAAUCGUAAAAGCCGUUGAAUCUUGUGAUAAAAAUGUCAAGCCCAUUUGUAUAUAAAUCGCUGCUGCGAUUUGUUUUGUAGUAAGUUUGUUGUGUGUAGAGCAAGUCAUAAAUAGCGUUAAUUGAAGUCGUCUCUGUUUGCCUACGCUUACAAGUCAUAUAUAAUGUUAGGUUUGGUAUAAGGUUUGGUUGGGAAUCGUAAUGACUUGAUGAACUUCGACACCGCGACGAGGUGAUUGGGUGGUGUUGGAUGUAAAAUUAAAAAAGCAUCCCACUUGCCUUGCUCAUCACCGCCUGGCCGCUGAUUUUGUUUUGGGGCAUUCUGUCAACCAAUAAUUAUAUUCGGGCAAUCUUUGGGAGUGUUCAUAGUUACCGAAUGAAGACAUUUGUCUACCAAAUAUUCCUACAUGAGCAGUAUUUGUUUUUUCCCCGCGACGACGACGCGAACGACGACAACGACGACGACGACGACAACGACGUCGUCGAAACGUACACUCGAUGCGGGACUAAUGUUGUAAACAAAACAUGUCGUAAUGAAUGCAAAUCCAACUCGCUACGAGUUGUAUAUAAAUUGACAACUCAUCAUUAGGUAUGCUAUAUAUCAGUACAGCAUUGUAAUAAAUGGAAUCGCAAUGACUUAGGAAAAAAAUGCAGCCCAAUCCUCUUAUCAGCAUUCAUGUUAGGAAGACUGGCAAAGGCAUGUUUCAUGGGUGGUUUAGAAAGCUUAAGUUUAUAUUGGCCAAAAUUUGCGCUCUUCUCAAGGCAGAUCAGUUAGUACAAUGGUAUGGGCUUAGACUCACAAUCUCCAGGUGCCGUGUUCUAGGCUAGGUGUCAACUUUUUUUUAUAGCUAAUUUCGGACAUCGUAUUACAUAUCACCCGAAGUCGUAUUUUAUUCAUUCGAUCGAUUAUUUGGGGCAUCGUAAUGAUGAUCAUAUGAAAUCGCCAAAUGUCGUCAGAAGUAUGUAUAUGGCCUCCACUUUGGUACGUAUAUAGCAGUUUUGUGCAGUUUAUACGAUUAAAAAGGUUCUUAUAUAGUAGUGUAUAACACAAAUUAUACAUACCAAAAUGUUUACUGGGCUGAAAUGUUCCUUGGGUUCUUUGCAUUUUCAGUUAUAUUUCUUUGAUUACUUGAUGGCGGGAACGCAUCGGUGAAGAACUGCCGAGUGCAUCGUGUCUGACUGGUGUCGCUGAGAAUGCCUUUGCCCACUUAGCUUCACAAUAUCGUCAAGUUCGGUAGCCACACUGGCAGCAACAUGAACGAGGAAAUCAGAGCUUUUAAUGAUCUUUCCAGGAGUUACUCUAAUGUAUUUUCGUAAUUCGAUCGCGAACAUGCACGACGGCAUAGAGAACUUUCGACGAUAAUUGGUUCGAAUCAAGGUUCGAAAAGUUCUUAAAAGCGAUUCUAAUAAUUUUCUGAAAGGGGGUACGGUGAAUUUAUCGAGAAAGUUGAUACAGCCGAGAAUUUGAAACCAGCUACAUCAACAGCACUUAGUGAAAAUUGAACCACGUCCUGUCACAGAAAACCAAGCAACAUUUUAAGUUUUGUUCGGCUCUAUAAGAGAUCUUCAUGACCAAAUUUUUAAAACUUGCAAUAAAACUGAUUUAUACAUCAAAACCUCUUGAUAACCUCUUUAAGAGAAUCUUCCGGCUAAGUGGACCACUCUCGGAGAGGUUUUGCAAACCGCAUUAGAAGUAGCAAUAAACCCGUUUUAAAACCUAGUUGAGAAGUUUCCCAUACUCGAUUGUUGUUGUUUUUUUAUCAACAAAACUAUGACAGCUCAAGAUGCAGAAAAGCUUCUUCGAUGGCACGUAAAGUUCAGGAGGAUGCAUUAUUCGUAAGUAGAAAGCGAUCAUUUUAAAGCAUUUUAGUAGUUAUUAUGUUGGUAGGCUUAUGCGCAUUCAAUUUUACCGUAAAUAUUGGGGUUGCAGAACCAUUAAAUUUAUGCGCUUCGAAAAUAGUAAAAAUUAUCAUCUUGGAAUGAAAUAAAUCAAUUGGUUAAUUUUGUAAAACUAUCGCGAAUCACAAGAAAACUCAGCAGAGAUAGUUUAUUCAUGUGAGCACGUUAUGAAAAUUAUGGCAAACUAUCAAUUCAUUGCUAAUUUUAGCAAAAAUAACUAUUUUCCAUUCACGUUAGCUAAUGCUUCAAUAUGGCGACGACCAUAAUCAGCGAAAAUAACACGAAAGCAAGUUUACUUUUAUGAUGACCGCAAUAAACCUAGCAGUGUCGUUGUUUCGGCUUUUCCACCAACAGAUGUCGUUCUUAAUCGAACGGAUCGCCAUCUGUUGAGAGUUUUAACAGUUUUAAGGCUCCCCCAAACCAAAGCGACUUUUCCGGCAACACGAUUUUUUAUCGCCGCGAUUUUUCUCAACGAUUACAGCGAUAAAUGCGUCGCAUCAACCAUCUACACCAACGCGAAAACUAGUCACAAACAAAACUUAGUCGCCCCGCGACAGCGACAAAAACUGUGCAUGCAGCGACCAGCGCCGCGACACACCGGCGACAAGUACAAAAAUCGCUGCACUGUCGCUUGUCGCCUGCGACGACUUCGUCGCAGUGUGGAAGGUCCCCUUCAAAUCUGUGCGCAGCGAUUUCGCGACAAAAACAUAGCGACAAAAAGUCGUGUCGCUGGAAAAGAGUCGCGUCGGUUUGGGGGAGCCUUUAUUGUGGUAAUAAUGAUUGCCAGAAGGUUUACAUAUCCCAAGUAACAUUUUAGGUUUUGUUCGGAUCUAUAAGAGAUCUUCAUAACCAAUUUUUUAAAACUUGCAAUAAAACUGAUUUAUACAUCAAAACCUCUUGAUAACCUCUUUAAGAGCAUCUUCCGGCUAAGUGGACCACUCUCGGAGAGGUUUUGCAAACCACCCAGGUAAACUGACACGAUUCAUCAAGGCAUGGAUCGAGUGAUGUGCGUAGUUCGAGUAUCACGGAGUCGUUUCGAAUCUCGCAGAGAAUUACGUCAAGGUGAUGGUCUUUCGUGCGGGGAGCGGGGAUAAGCACGAGUGGGACGAUUUUCACGAAGUCCGUUCAGCUGCUUGAUUUCGCCGACAAUGUUGAUAGGGUAUUCACGGUGUGCCAAAAACCGUUAUUAACAAAUAAAAAUGUCCACCCAAGUGGCACCCGGCAUUCGAAAGCUAUAAUAGUCUAGUAUCUCCUCUGAAAUUUUGAAAAUAUGUAUUUCAUCGAGGGAAAUCAAAGUUUUUGUGAUUUUAAGAUUUUGAGCCAUUUCUAUAGGAUUUUUUAUAAGAGUAAAUAUGCACGCAUGGUGUGCCUGAUACCACUAUUAACAAAUAAAAAUGUACUCCAAACUCACACCCGGCGUUCGAAAGAUACAUAUACUAUUCCUCCGAAAAUUUGAAAAUGUUUUAUCUAGGAAAGCCAAAGUUUUUACUGUUUGAAGAUUUUGCUCUAUUUUCAUAGAAUAAGCUCAUAUAUGGCAAUAUUGUCAUAGAAUGUUUCAUUGGUUCUUCAAAUCAUAAACAAAUAUUAAUAAGUUUCACAAGCACCAUUCCAAAGAUACAACAUUGAAACAACUACUCUGAAAGUUUAACAAAAUUUCAUUGAAACGAUCGCAUAUUACAGUGGUUUGAAAACAUAAGAUACGAUAAAGUAUAUUGAAAAUGUAGUAACUUCAUAGAAUCAUAUUUCAAUUUCUCAUGUUAAUCAUUCCUCGCAAUGAAUAUAUAUUUUGUAACUCAUCUAAAACUUUGAUUAUAUAUCACAUUUUUGGCGAUACUAUUACGAAACUCAGUAGGCGUUUUUAAUGUGUUUACAGAUAAAGCGAUAGUAUGCAUAUCUCCAAUGAAAUUGAAAUCAAAGCUUAAAAUUGUUGUUACUGAUGAUCCGUAGCGACCAGCGCCGCGACACACCGGCGACAAGUACAAAAAUCGCUGCACUGUCGCUUGUCGCCUGCGACGACUUCGUCGCAGUGUGGAAGGUCCCCUUCAAAUCAGUGCGCAGCGAUUUCGCGACAAAAACAUAGCGACAAAAAGUCGUGUCGCUGGAAAAGAGUCGCGUCGGUUUGGGGGAGCCUUUAUUGUGGUAAUAAUGAUUGCCAGAAGGUUUACAUAUCCCAAGUAACAUUUUAGGUUUUGUUCGGAUCUAUAAGAGAUCUUCAUAACCAAUUUUUUAAAACUUGCAAUAAAACUGAUUUAUACAUCAAAACCUCUUGAUAACCUCUUUAAGAGCGUCUUCCGGCUAAGUGGACCACUCUCGGAGAGGUUUUGCAAACCACCCAGGUAAACUGACACGAUUCAUCAAGGCAUGGAUCGAGUGAUGUGCGUAGUUCGAGUAUCACGGAGUCGUUUCGAAUCUCGCAGAGAAUUACGUCAAGGUGAUGGUCUUUCGUGCGGGGAGCGGGGAUAAGCACGAGUGGGACGAUUUUCACGAAGUCCGUUCAGCUGCUUGAUUUCGCCGACAAUGUUGAUAGGGUAUUCACGGUGUGCCAAAAACCGUUAUUAACAAAUAAAAAUGUCCACCCAAGUGGCACCCGGCAUUCGAAAGCUAUAAUAGUCUAGUAUCUCCUCUGAAAUUUUGAAAAUAUGUAUUUCAUCGAGGGAAAUCAAAGUUUUUGUGAUUUUAAGAUUUUGAGCCAUUUCUAUAGGAUUUUCUUAUAAGAGUAAAUAUGCACGCAUGGUGUGCCUGAUACCACUAUUAACAAAUAAAAAUGUACUCCAAACUCACACCCGGCGUUCGAAAGAUACAUAUACUAUUCCUCCGAAAAUUUGAAAAUGUUUUAUCUAGGAAAGCCAAAGUUUUUACUGUUUGAAGAUUUUGCUCUAUUUUCAUAGAAUAAGCUCAUAUAUGGCAAUAUUGUCAUAGAAUGUUUCAUUGGUUCUUCAAAUCAUAAACAAAUAUUAAUAAGUUUCACAAGCACCAUUCCAAAGAUACAACAUUGAAACAACUACUCUGAAAGUUUAACAAAAUUUCAUUGAAACGAUCGCAUAUUACAGUGGUUUGAAAACAUAAGAUACGAUAAAGUAUAUUGAAAAUGUAGUAACUUCAUAGAAUCAUAUUUCAAUUUCUCAUGUUAAUCAUUCCUCGCAAUGAAUAUAUAUUUUGUAACUCAUCUAAAACUUUGAUUAUAUAUCACAUUUUUGGCGAUACUAUUACGAAACUCAGUAGGCGUUUUUAAUGUGUUUACAGAUAAAGCGAUAGUAUGCAUAUCUCCAAUGAAAUUGAAAUCAAAGCUUAAAAUUGUUGUUACUGAUGAUCAUUCAAAUGUAAAAUUUCUAAAUUCACGGAAGACACGUUAGUAACAUGACGUAUAAAAGCUGGGUAGUAAAAAGAUUAGCAUUUAGGUUUACUUUAAAAGCUUCAAUAUCUUAAACAUUAUACCAACGAUUUACAAAACUUCUUAGGAAUACCAAAACAUUGGGCUGUUAAGGACAAGGUAUUUGGAGUACAUAGCUCAAAACUUCUAGAGCACCGUUUUUUAGAACCGUUGAACGGAUU